AUGGCUAAAGGAAGGGCCAAUUCUCGGCAUCAAGGCAAAAAAUCGUCAACCGUCGCUCUAGUUCUCGCGAUGCUUCUCAUGCUCACAAUUGUUCUAUUAAUACUUCUGGCUCUCGGAAUCUUCUCGCUCCCGAUUGCCUCCGACGAUGAUUCUUCUCCGAUCCACAAUCGCAAGACUUUAGUUAUAGGUGAUGGUGAUCGUGAUGGGAUGGAGAAGAAGAGAGAGCAGUGGACCGAAGUUCUUUCUUGGGAGCCUAGGGCUUUCAUUUACCACAAUUUCCUGUCUGAGAAAGAAUGUGAAUACUUGAUAAAUCUUGCCAAACCUCACAUGGCGAAGUCAACAGUGGUUGAUAGCAAAACCGGACAGAGCAAAGAUAGCAGGGUUCGUACUAGUUCUGGAAUGUUUUUGAGGAGAGGACGGGAUAAAGUCAUCCAAGAAAUAGAAAAAAGGAUAGCAGACUAUACGUUUAUUUCUGCAGAGCAUGGGGAAGGUCUACAAGUUCUCCAUUAUGAAGUUGGACAAAAGUAUGAGCCUCACUAUGACUACUUUCUUGAUGAGUUCAACACUAAAAAUGGGGGCCAACGCAUAGCUACUGUUCUCAUGUAUCUAUCAGAUGUUGAAGAAGGGGGUGAGACAGUUUUUCCUGCUGCUCAGGGAAAUUAUAGCUCUGUGCCGGGGUGGAAUGAAUUUUCAGAAUGUGCUAAAAGGGGCCUUUCUGUUAAACCAAAAAUGGGUGAUGCGUUGCUUUUCUGGAGCAUGAGGCCUGAUGCCACACUAGAUCCGUCAAGCUUGCAUGGUGGUUGCCCUGUGAUUAAAGGGAACAAGUGGUCGUCUACUAAGUGGAUGCAUGUUGGUGAAUACAAGGCCUAAGCCAUUUUUUGAAGGAAUUGUAAUCCUUUGUAUUGUGCAGAUAGUUGUUGAUUUGUUGGGAAUGAUGAUUACUCACAGCACAGGUGUAGUUCCUCAAUCUACCGUGUAACCAUCCACAGCUGAGAUUAUCUGGUGCUUUAAAUUUUGAUCGGCUUUUGUAUCUCUCUAACGAGCACUUUGGAGGGGGAUAGUUGAUCCUCUAAUUUUGAGAAUAAAACUAGUUUUCUGUGGCCCAGAUAGAACAUGUUCUUCAUUUGAGUGAUCUAUAUUUUACUAGACUAGGAGAUGGAGUUUAUUUGAUGAAUGGACAGGUGUAUUUGAUAGUAAAAUACAGUUUGUCGGCCAUAGCAUAAGAGUACAUGUAAUCUCUUUUCGUAGUUUAUGAAAUCAUUGUUAUCAG